GACUCUCAAACAGACACUUACAUGCAUAUGUAACUUGCCUCUCUGUUUUCUGAUUCCUCUGCUUUUCUUCGAAACCUCAAAAAACCCAUUUGUUUUUGCCUUUUUAUUUCUUCCAUUUCCAAAUAUUCCUUUGGAUUUCAAUUCCCAGGCAUGGCAUCCUACGAUAAGCCUGAAGUUGUUGAAAGGGAUGCUAAGGACAAGGAGCACAAGGACGAUGACAAACCCGAAGUUGCUGAAAGGGAUGUUAAGGACAAGGAGCACAAGGACGAUGACAAACCCGAAGUUGCUGAAAGGGAUGUUAAGGACAAGGAGCACAAGGAGGAUGAUAAAGAGGAAGGGAAAGGUGGUUUUCUUGAAAAGGUGAAGGAUUUCAUUCAUGACAUUGGCGAGAAGAUUGAAGGAGCUAUUGGAUUUGGGAAGCCAACUGCAGAUGUGACAGGGCUUCACGUCAAUUCUAUCAAUCUUGAAAAAGCGGAGUUUGUCAUUGAAAUUCUCAUAAAGAACCCAAAUCCGGUUCCUAUCCCUCUGAUUGACAUAAACUACUUGAUUGAGAGUGAUGGAAGGAAACUUAUUUCAGGGUUGAUCCCAGAUGCUGGAACGAUCAAAGCACAUGGUGAGGAGACUGUCAAAAUACCAGUUACUCUGAUUUAUGAUGACAUAAAAAACACAUAUUCUGAAAUUAAGCCCGGAAGCAUCAUUCCAUAUAGGAUCAAGGUUGAUCUCAUUGUGGAUGUGCCUGUUUUUGGAAGAAUAACUCUACCACUUGAGAAAACUGGAGAGAUCCCUAUACCUUACAAGCCUGAUAUUGAUAUUGAGAAAAUAAAGUUUGACAGAUUCUCCUUUGAAGAAACUGUUGCAGUACUUCACUUGAAACUGGAAAAUAAGAAUGAUUUUGACUUGGGGCUUAAUGACCUAGACUAUGAGGUUUGGCUGUGUGAUGAGAGCAUUGGAUCUGUAGACCUCCAAAAAUCUGCAAAUCUUGUGAAAAAUGGAAUCACUUAUAUUGAUAUUCCCAUCACCUUCAGGCCUAAGGACUUUGGCUCUGCACUUUGGGACAUGAUUAGAGGAAAAGGCACUGGUUACAGCAUGAAAGGAAAUAUUAAUGUGGAUACACCCUUUGGACCAAUGAAGCUGCCCAUCACCAAGGAGGGUGGUACUACCCGUAUCAAGAAGAACAAAGAAGAUGGUGGUGAUGAUGAUGAUGAUGACGACGAGGAAUAGAGGCGACAUUGGCAGGAGUGGUCAUAUUUGUAGCUGUGGUAUGUUUAUCAGUAGUGGUCUAUUAGAAUAAUAGAUAAAUAGGCACUUGAACUUGUGGUUUUUACAUAUAGCAGUGCUGUACAUCUCUUGCAAGGUGAAGUUUAGUAGUUUUAUAUAUGUGUGUUUAUGAAUGUAUUAUUCUGAUGGAUAUGAGGUCUGGCGCUCUUUAGCUUGCAUGCCCACUCUAUUGUUGAGAUGUUUGAGCAGGAGAUGAAAUUGUUGUCUUUUCACUUGUGAUAUUGUUGAUAUUAAUGAAUCGACUUCCCAUAAGAUGAUA